AUGGCCGACGACCAGGCCCCAUCGCCGCCGCCCGACACACAGGAACCCUCGCUGGCGGACAUUCGGGCCAACAUCAGGGCCCUCACAGGCGCCAUGGUCACGAAAUCGGACCUGCAGACGCUGUCCGCCACUCUAUAUGAGGCGAUCAGGUCGGAAGUGGCUACAAUCCAGAGGGACAUAGCGGCACAGGAUGGACGCAUACAGAACCUAGAAGCCACGCACCUCACAUCAGUAAGCAUACUAGAUGCCACUGAUGCGGCGGUGGCCAGGCAGGACAAUAUGCUCCUAUAA